GGUGUGAGGGGCUGUACCAGCAAACCAGCAAGUGCCUGAGGGACUGAGGGGUGUGAGGGGCUGUACCAGCAAACCAGCAAGUGCCUGAGGGACUGAGGGGUGUGAGGGGCUGUACCAGCAAACCAGCAAGUGCCUGAGGGACUGAGGGGUGUGAGGGGCUGUACCAGCAAACCAGCAAGUGCCUGAGGGACUGAGGGGUGUGAGGGGCUGUACCAGCACACCAACAAGCAGGUCCAUGAGGUCCAGUCUUACAUGGGACACCUGGAGACUUCAGACAAAGAGUCAGUGCACUUAGUAGAAAAUGAGAUUCAGGCAAGAAUAGACAACAUAUUCAGCAACUUGGAACGUCUGGAAAUCCUGUCCAGCAAAGAACCUCCCAACAAGAGGCAGAGUGCCAAACUGCGAGUGGACCAGCUGAAAUACGACGUGCAGCACCUGCAGACAGCCCUGAGGAACUUCCAGCAGCGGCGCUACCUGCGGGAGCAGCAGGAGCGGCAGCGCGAGGAGCUGCUGGCCCGCACCUUCACCACCAACGACUCUGCCACCAGCAUCCCGAUCGACGAAACCUUGCAGUUUAAUGAAUCCCUGCAGAGUGCCCACCGAGGCAUGGAUGAGCUUAUUGGCAGUGGCACCAGCAUCCUGGCGGGGCUGAGGGACCAGAGAGUCACAUUAAAGGGCACCCACAAGAAGAUCCUGGACGUUGCCAACAUGCUGGGGCUGUCCAACACGGUGAUGCGGCUGAUCGAGAAGCGCGCCUUCCAGGACAAGUUCCUCAUGCUGGGGGGCAUGGCCCUCACCUGCCUCAUCAUGUUCCUCGUGGUGCAGUACCUGACAUGAGCUGCUGACCUGCAGGAGGACUGUCUCCAGGACUGACUGUCCUCUGGCUGCUGCUUUGGAUGAGCCCUUCCCGUGGACUUCAGAGUUUACACAUCCCACUCGAACAGUGUCACAUGGAAAGCACGGCAGGAAAUGGAUCUGUGUGGGGACGCUGUGCUUGAGAAUGGCCCUGUGAAAAUAACCCCUGGCCUUUACUGCUCUCCCCUCAAGCCUGCAGGGUUAACGGUCUGGUUAAUAGGAAGCAGAAAGUGAGCAUUGUGCCCAGCUGUAGCAAGGCAGGAAUGUCCCUUUGGGC